AUGCUGGAGGAGCCCGGGUCUCGGCCUCCGCCCUUGGGCCUCGCGGGUCUCCUGUUACUAGCUUUGUUGAGUCGGGCUCUAAGCAAUGAGAUUCUGGGCCUAAAACUUCCCGGGGAGCCGCCGCUGACGGCCAACACGGUGUGCUUGACCCUGUCCGGGCUGAGUAAGCGGCAGCUGGGCCUGUGCCUGCGCAGCCCCGACGUGACGGCGUCCGCGCUCCAAGGGCUGCACAUCGCCGUCCACGAGUGUCAGCAUCAGCUGCGCGACCAGCGCUGGAACUGCUCGGCCCUGGAGGGCGGCGGCCGGCUGCCGCACCACAGCGCCAUCCUCAAGCGCGGUUUCCGGGAGAGCGCUUUCUCCUUCUCCAUGCUGGCUGCUGGGGUCAUGCAUGCUGUUGCUACGGCCUGCAGCUUGGGCAAGCUGGUGAGCUGCGGCUGUGGCUGGAAGGGCAGCGGUGAGCAGGACCGGCUCCGGGCCAAGCUGCUGCAGCUUCAGGCACUGUCUCGAGGCAAGAGUUUUCCACACUCCCAACCCAGCCCUAUCCCUGGCUCAGGCCCCAGCCCUGGCCCCCAGGACACAUGGGAAUGGGGUGGCUGUAACCACGACAUGGACUUUGGAGAGAAGUUUUCUCGGGAUUUCUUGGAUUCCAGAGAAGCUCCCCGGGACAUCCAGGCGAGAAUGAGAAUCCACAACAACAGGGUGGGACGCCAGGUGGUAACCGAGAACCUGAAGCGGAAGUGCAAGUGCCAUGGCACGUCAGGCAGCUGCCAAUUCAAGACUUGUUGGAGGGCAGCUCCAGAGUUCCGGGCCAUCGGGGCAGCGCUGAGGGAGCGGUUGGGCAGAGCCAUCUUCAUCGAUACCCACAACCGCAAUUCUGGAGCCUUCCAGCCCCGCUUACGUCCCCGGCGCCUCUCAGGAGAGCUGGUCUACUUCGAGAAGUCUCCUGACUUCUGUGAGCGAGACCCGACUGUGGGCUCACCAGGCACCAGAGGCCGGGCUUGCAACAAGACGAGCCGCCUGCUGGAUGGCUGCGGCAGCCUGUGCUGUGGCCGUGGGCACAAUGUGCUCCGGCAGACACGGGUGGAGCGUUGCCACUGCCGUUUCCACUGGUGCUGCUACGUGCUGUGUGAGGAAUGCAAGGUCACAGAGUGGGUCAACGUGUGUAAGUGACAUGAGCCGCACCUUGGGACUAAGGAAGAACGAACACUGUGUGAUGGGUACGCCUUUUCAACCCUUUGCUCUGAUUUCUGUCCAGGGUUAAUCAUGGCCCCUGGAAGCUCAAAGCACCUACCUGGAAACAGCUUUGGGGGGAGUAGGGUCAGGUGAAAUCCGUGAUGAACAACAGCCUUUGGCGGGGAAAGAGGUCACCAUAUUCUGUUCUUAA